AUGACUGGAAGAGGCACCAGCAAACCGGAUCACUCAUGUCUUCUGAGAAGACCAACCCGAUUUUUUGCUCCCAGGUUUUCUACACAAACGUCAAAAAAGACGGCCCCCGAAGAAUUUAUGAGAAAUCGCAACCUGGCUGGGCCAUUUUCGUGGAAAAGCUUUGCCGCCUUUAUUGUAACGGGAGCAGGACUAUAUUUUUAUUUCAACUAUGAAAAACAAAAAUUAAUUGAAAAACGUAAGAAGGAAGCGGCAAGCAAGUCAAUUGGUAAACCACAAGUUGGUGGACCAUUUGAAUUGAUCAAUCAAGAUGGUCGGAUGGUGACGGACAAAGAUUUUUUGGGCAGAUUUCUUUUGGUCUACUUUGGCUUCACUCAUUGUCCCGACAUUUGUCCCGAGGAACUGGACAAGAUGUCCAAAGUUACAGAAAAUAUCAAUGCCGAUUCGAAAUUUGGAAAUCUCAUAACACCAAUUUUCAUAUCAUGUGAUCCGCAUCGAGAUACGCACGAGGUGGUUCGAGAAUACCUUAAAGAUUUUCAUAAAGAUAUGGUCGGUCUCACCGGAACAUAUGAACAGGUGGCUAAAGUCGCGAAAGCGUACAGAGUUUACUUUAGCCGACCACCCGAGGUGAAACCGGGUGACGAGUAUUUGGUUGAUCAUUCUAUCUUCUUUUAUCUCAUGGAUCCGAAUGGUGAAUUUAUUGAUUGCUACGGAAAGAAUACCACGGCUGAGGAGGUGACCGAAAGCGUACGAAAAUAUAUCAAAGAAUUUUUAAGCAAGCGUGAUAAAAUUGAAAUUCUGAAAAACUAG